GCGGUGGCCGCUCCAAUGGCGUGGACCGAGCCACGGUCGCGUCCAGACCCAAAGCCAGAGCCCAAAGUGACAUCAAAUAAUUUCAGGACUCACACUUUUUCUUCAACCUUUCAUCAAGUCCAACCUCUAGUUUUCUUGCCCCUCCUUCUCCUGCUCACUGCCUUCGCUGACCUGGGUCUUGCCGGUCCACCCCAGCCAGCUCGCCCCCCUCUCCUGUCUGGACAGCCUUUUAUCAUCUUCUGGGGCAUCCCUGACUCUUCCUGCUCUGGUCGGCCAGAUCUGAGAUCUUUUGGGAUGGAACCAGAGGGUCGUGUGGCCGUCUUUUAUGAGGACACGCUGGGGAAAUACCCUUAUUUUAUAGACAAAGACACACCAGUCAAUGGGGGGCUACCACAGCACACACGGCUGGAUGACCAUCUCCGGAAGACACAGCAGGACUUGGAGGCAGCUUUACCUGCUCCGAGGUACCUCGGACUGGGGGUGCUGCGCUGGGCCGAGUGGGUCCCCCAGUGGUCAAGGAACCGAGAAAAGCAAGCAAUGUAUCCAGGGGCAUCGAGAAAACUGAUGAAGACUUUCUUUCCUAACUGGACCCCGGAGGAGGUGGAGAAGUGGUCACAGGUGGACUUCGAGGCAGCAGCACAGUCAGUAAUGAUGGAGACUCUACGGGAGGUCAAAAGGUUAAGGCCCAAAGCAUUAUGGGGCGUCUCCCCUUUUCCCAGCUGCUACAAUGGCAGUCCUGCCCAAACCAUGUUAGCCAAUUACACCGGCCAGUGCCCUGCUACGGAGCUGGCCCUUAACGACGAGCUUCUGUGGCUAUGGAAACGAUGCACCGCCCUCUACCCUCUCCUCACCCUGGAGAAGCGGCAGAGUGGGGCCCCUGGAGCCAGGCUUUAUUUGUCCAGUCAAAUCAGAGAAGCACUGCGAGUAUCAUCUCUGACUGGGACUGCGUUUGAUCUUCCUGUAUUCCCACUGGUCAAGAGUUUCUACGCCUCAACUAACACUUUCCUGUCACAGGCAGACCUGGUCAGCACCAUAGGAGAGAGUGCUGCCAUGGGAACAGCCGGAGUUGUCAUCUGGGAGAGAAGUGAGACUAAGACGGAGAGAGAGUGUCAGGACUUGGCAGAGUUCGUCCGUAAGGUCUUGGGACCCUACUCCGUGAACGUAACCGCGGCGACUCGACUCUGCUCAGCCUCUCUGUGCCAGGGAAAGGGUCGAUGCGUCCGUCAAAACCCAGACAGCUCUGCCUAUCUUCACCUCCCAACCCCAUCUGAAGUGGUGGAGAAGGUGACAGAAAAGGCCGAGGCAGCAAAAGCUACAGAUCAGCCGGACACAAGCACUAAACCAGCUGAACCAGACCCAGCUGAGAUGUGGAAGAAGGACUUCCAGUGCCAGUGGUACAAGACCGCAGAUGGGGACGUCUCAGACCAGCAGUCCCCCAAAGACGGAGUCUCUGUUGGGGUUACCGUAAAAGAAAAUACUGGAGAUGUAAUGGAGACUACAAUCGCAUCUACCAUAGCUUCUACAACAACAACAGGUGCCUCUGUGACUGAGCUAAGUGAGACCAGUUCACCUAGUACUGGAAGUCGGACGCCUUUACUGGAAGUGACUGCAGACAGUGGGACAAAUCCACUGAGUGCCCCAGACCUGACUGUUCUGUUGCUGCUGCUGGCUGGAUGUCUAUGCCUCGAACCUUAAAAUGUGAACAAACCAGCCUUCACCUGGAAGGUCUGGGCUGUAACUGCAAUAUGAGCCCUUCUCAAGUGCCCUUGAGCAAGACACUGAAUCCCUGCUAGCAGCAGGUGUGCUGCUUUGUAGAGUAUCAUUUAAAAAAGAAAACAGUGUUUAGAGCUGGAACUCCAAACCUAUCACUGAAUGUGCCAAGAGACAGUAGUGAUACGAACACUUGUCACUUUUUCCAAUUUCCACCAGCUGUGU